CGUCUCCGGAGCAACGGGCUGCCCUCCGGUCACUACCCCUGCUCACCGCGCCUCUUUGCCGGUCCACCCAGAAUGGCUUUCAGUCUGGCUCCUAAAUCGUUCUCUGACGUGGAGUACGAGAUUGCCCAGCAGCAAAAACCCUCGGUCUCAUGGAACUUAAGUUUGCCCACGGUCAAUACGGCCGCCAUCCAGACGAACCCCAGUUCUGGCACCUAUUCGGCCUCAGCCAUUUUCUGGCGCCGUAAAUUCAGCCCCGAAAUCAGCUUAGGGACCCAGCCGCACGUCGUCUUCCUGCGCCCGCGGACCUCGCAGCUGCUAGUGCUUUUCAGCUUAAUGAAUUCCAGUGAAGCAGCUGUGACAAAAUUUUUACCCAAGAGCCACUUAUCUCGGGUGAUUAUUCGUGACAACCUCAAUGCACAACGACUCUAUGAGAUGGAGAUUAAAGCUGCAGAAAAGACCAAGAAAAAGAUGAGCCAUUUGCAUGACCACCUGAAAAAAAAGUUCAUGAUGGACCAGAUCAGAAAGCUGGGGCGUUGGAAACGGGAGUCCAUGAAUAUGAGGCAGUACCUGGAAAGCUACGGAGUAGCAAGGUCACUGAAUUCUAACAGGAAAGCCAGCCGCUCUAGUCAAGGCAGUUUAUCUGCCCAGAGACCAUGAAAACACCCGACUGACAGGAGGAGAUGAUGUGGGAGCUAGCCAGCUAACACCAUCGUAGAACAAUAAACGGAGACCAUCAGGCAGUGGAGCGCAAAAAACCCUGCAAUUCUGAUAUUUCUUGCC